AUGGAGGUUGAACCAGAAGCACCAGAGCGUGUGCUGGACAUUCUCAUAUAUUUGGACGCCAAUGAGGUGCCUGAAGACUUGUGGGAAGCAAAAAUUAGGAACAGAGCAGCACGAUACACUAUGGUCGAUGACAUCCUGUAUAGAAGGGGGUAUUCCACACCCCUUUUGAGGUGCACCUUGUUCGAGGAGGCCCAAUACGUAUUAGCAGUGAUGCAGGUAGGGUACUACUGGUCGCCCACCCUUAAGGAUGCCGACGAAUACGUGUGCAAGUGCACAAAGUGCCAAGAGUAUUCUAGAGUACCCCAUCACCCAUUGGAAGAACUGAUAUUGAUCACCAUGUCUUGGUGGGUCCCCUCCCCCUAG